AUGAAUGGAGAAGAUGUUAAGAAUUGGUUUAUCCGAUUGUUGUCUGCACUUGAAGAAAGGUCAAUUAUUGUGAUAGAUAACGCCAGCUACAACUUCGUUCAGAUAAAAAAGGUGCCACGUCCAAAUUGGCGCAAGGCAGAUAUUAUGGAGUGGUUAAACAGAAAGAAUGUUUCAUUUUCAGUCUAUGAAGCGAAGGCUGAACUCCAGUCUAACGAAAAAAUCGUAGGUGCCAAAAAGACUCAAGAAUUAGAUCAACUGGCAAACGAAAUGGGACACCAAAUGGUAUGUCUACCACCGUAUCACCGCCAAUAUAAUCCAAUUGGAUUGAUAAGGGCUCAAGUAAAGCGAGAAGUAGCGAAUAGAAAUACUUCUUUCAAGCUUGCUGAUGUCGGGAAGCUAACUCACAAAGCUCUUGACAAUGUUACUCAGCAGGACUGGGAGAGGUGCGUAAGACAUGCAGAAGCAUUGCGAGAAACUGAUCUCUUGAAAUAUGAUUUGAGACACUAUAGUGGAAUCUGUGAUGAUGCACCUGGCUUAAAAAAGCGACAGUGA